GUUUUAAGUGAUAAAGAGUUAAAAGGAAACGAACAGCCCUCUCGAGUCGCGUAUUCUUCGAAGGUAUAAACCCUCCAAGGGUUUUAGGAAAGAAAACGUCGGACACGGGGGCCUUUUCUUAACAUCGUCAAAUUCGACUGCAACAACCCCAACGACAAACCCUAAAAUUCCUGAAAACCCCACCUCUUCUUCUUCAAUGUCUUCUUCUUCUUCAAUUGAAACCGUAGAAAUUUCUACACCUGCAACUUCAAACCCUUCCUCACCUCCUGAAACCAACGCCCUAGAAUCACAAACACAAAUGGAAACCUCAACCCCUUCAAUGGAGAGGAAAAACGAUGGGUAUGAAAAUCCCGAGGUUUCAGAGCAGCGAGACGUGUCAAGAAGUGAAGAGGUCGAUGAAGGGGGAGGAGAUGGAGAUGAGGAAGAGGGGGAGUGUGGUUUCUGCUUAUUUAUGAAGGGAGGUGGAUGUAAGGACGCAUUCAUUGCUUGGGAGAAGUGCAUUGAAGAUGCAGAGAAGAACAAAGAAGAUAUCGUCGAGAAGUGUUUCGAGGUGACGGGGUUGUUGAAGAAGUGCAUGGAGGCACACUCCGAUUAUUAUGAGCCGAUACUUCGGGCAGAGAAGGCGGCAGAAGAAGAGGCAACGAAAGAAUUGGAGCGCGAAGCUUCUUCGAGGGAAUUCGAGCGAAAAGCUGAUUCUGAGGAAUCGAAAAAAGAGACUGCACCACAGGAUAAGCAGGGAAGCUAGGAGCUUUUCAAUUUUUUUUUUUUUUAUUAAGGACAAGCAGGACACCUAUUUUUUUAUUUAUUUUAUUUCAACCCUUGAUUCAUGGGCAUGAGCGGCACGAGUGAAGGGACUUGACAGAGAUUAAAUUAUGGAAAUUGUCGGAUCCUUGAGGUAACUAAGAGAUCGCGAGCUUUUUGAUUGUUCAAUCACGUUCCUUAAUGUUGUCUUUGGGGAAUAAAUGGAUAAAGAAUUUUGUUACACUCUAUUCAUAUAUAAACAUGAAUUUUGCAAGUAUGUACAUGUACUUGAUUCGGCUCAGAGAAUUCCUGCUAUUGUUUAUGCAUACAAGAGGCUUUUAGUUUGAAAUA